AUUCGUUAUAAUUACCGCCAAAUUACGGCGGCGUUGCUGCCAUUUUGUGAACCCCGCUACAGGAAGUGAGUGUUGUAGGUGCUACGCAGGCGCAAAUUGACCUUUCGGUUGAAGAACCCGUCGGUCACAUAUCACUCCGGACCGUAGUUAAUACUCUACCACAAAAUGGGUGACAUUGAGGACACACACUUUGAAACCGGGGACUCCGGAGCUUCGGCCACCUUCCCCAUGCAAUGCUCCGCCCUGCGCAAGAACGGCUUCGUCAUGCUCAAAGGUCGCCCCUGCAAGAUUGUUGAGAUGUCCACCUCCAAGACUGGAAAGCACGGUCAUGCUAAAGUCCACUUGGUCGGAAUUGAUAUUUUCAACGGCAAGAAAUACGAAGAUAUUUGCCCCUCGACCCACAACAUGGACGUUCCCCACGUGAAGCGCGAGGACUACCAGCUGACCGACAUCUCCGACGACGGAUACCUGACCCUGAUGGCCGACAACGGCGACCUCCGCGAGGACCUCAAGAUCCCAGACGGCGAUCUGGGCACCCAACUCCGCUCGGACUUUGACAGCGGCAAAGAGCUGCUGUGUACCGUGCUGAAAUCCUGCGGCGAGGAGUGUGUGAUCGCAGUUAAGGCAAAUACGGCUCUCGACAAAUAAACAACCACUCACAUCAAUAGGGAUAUAACAAGCGUAUAAUUUUUUUUACAAUCAAACAACUCUUACAUAAAUGUAAAACAUAAUAUUAUGUAUAAUUUAACGUAAAAUAUCGCGGCGCGGCGC